GGGUCCCGCCCCCGCCCCGUGUCACCGAACCGGCGCUGCCCGCGCCCGCCGCGCCAGCGCCCCGCCCGCCGCUCGGCCUUCCCGCGGGGCUGCGGCGCCUCCCUCGCGGGGGAUUCACCCCUGAGUCAGCAAAGUCGCGCCCGCCGGCUCUUUCGGCACCGCCCGCGGGGACCGUGUGAGGGUCGGGGAUGCGGCUCCUGGGCGGAGGCGCCGGGCGCGCGUGAGCCGCGGCUCUGCAGGGGCACGGCCGAGGCCGCGGUGUCCUCGCUGUGACACGGCCGCGAUGCCCGACGGGCGCGCCGGGCGCUGCCCCGCGCCGGCCCGGGGACAGCGCUGAGCCGGGCAGCCUCACGCCCAGCAAGAGCCCCCGUUCCCCGAGGACCCCCCGUUCGCCUCACGGCCGAUGAGACUCCCCCCGCGCCUCUGCGGCUCUCCGCCCUUCUGUUGAGUCUUCAAGCCCAGGAGGAUCAGCAGCCUCUGACGACCAUGAGUUCGACCCCUCGGCUGACAUGCUGGUGCACGACUUCGACGACGAGCGCACACUAGAGGAGGAGGAGAUGAUGGAAGGGGAGACAAACUUCAGGUCUGAAAUCGAGGAUCUCAACAGGGAGAGUGACAUGCCCAUCCAGGAGCUGCUGAGCCGCUAUGGCUACGAUGGCACCGUGCCCCUGCAGGAGGAGGAGGAGGAGGAGGAGGAAGAAGAGGAGGAGGAGGAGGGAGAAGAUGAUGAUGAUGUCGAUAACGAUGACAACAGCGGCUGCAGUGGGGAAAACAAGGAGGAGACCAUCAAGGACUCGUCGGGGCAGGAGGAUGAGACCCAGUCCUCCAACGAUGAGCCAGCCCCAUCUGUGGCCUCCCAGGACCCCCAGGAGAUCAUUCGCCCUCGGCGCUGUAAAUAUUUUGAUACCAAUAGUGAAAUAGAGGAGGAAUCUGAAGAAGAUGAAGAUUAUAUUCCCUCAGAAGACUGGAAAAAGGAAAUCAUGGUGGGCUCUAUGUUCCAGGCUGAAAUUCCAGCUGGCACCUGCAAAUACAAAGAGAAUGAAAAAGUGUAUGAAAAUGAUGACCAGCUGCUCUGGAACCCUGACUUUUUACCAGAGGACAAAGUCAUAGAAUUCCUCAACGAGGCCUCGAGGCGCACGGGAGAGGAGAAGGGCCUGGAUGCAAUUCCUGAGGGCUCCCACAUUAAAGACAAUGAGCAGGCCCUCUAUGAGCUGGUGAAGUGCAACUUUGACACGGAGGAGUCCUUGAGGAGGCUGAGGUUCAAUGUGAAAGCAGCCAGGGAAGAAUUGUCUGUUUGGACAGAAGAGGAGUGCAGGAACUUUGAGCAAGGGCUGAAAGUCUAUGGCAAGGAUUUCCACGUGAUUCAGGCAAAUAAGGUGCGGACCCGCUCGGUGGGGGAGUGUGUGGCUUUCUAUUACAUGUGGAAAAAGUCGGAACGUUACGAUUUCUUCGCUCAGCAGACCCGCUUUGGGAAGAAAAAAUACAACCUGCACCCUGGGGUCACGGAUUACAUGGACCGCCUGCUGGACGAGAGCGAGAGCGCCGCCUCCAGCCGGGCCCCGUCGCCGCCGCCCACGGCCUCCAACAGCAGCACCAGCCAAUCAGAGCGGGAGGAGUGCGCCUCGGGCAGCACCCCCAACGGUGUCUCUGCCAACGGCCCAGGGGAGGUGCCAGGCAAGGAGGAGGCCAGGCCCGAGGGGCUGCACGCCAAUGGACCCUGCAGUGGGAAGAAAACGCCUCACCCAGAGCUGGACACCAACGGCUACGAGCCCGAAAACCUCCCCAGCGACCCCAGAGGGACCCCCAGGAACGAGCCUGAGCUGGAGGAGAAGAGCGAGAGGCCUCUGAAAAGGAGGAGAAUGAACAGCAAUGGGAAGGAGAGCCCGGGUGCUUCAGAGCUCUUCCAGGAAACCAAUUCCCACGGGAAGCUGGAGGAGCUGGAGACGCUGGAAGACUGAGUGCUGGGAGCUGAUUUUAUUCCUUGGAGUAAAUUCUGGGUGUCUAAAAUUUUCAGGGUUGAUGGGUUACCUUCCAAAGUCCAGUUCCAUAAACAAUCUGAGAUUUUGUUUUUGUUUCCUGAGACCUUCUAGUCGGCUCUAAAGAUCCGAUGAUUUGGUUUUCUUCAGUGCUGAAAAGCAGCAGGAGAAUAUUGAAUUUCUCAGAGCUGGCAGCCGCAGUUCUGGGAUAAAAAGGCUCUUAAAUAUUUAAGGAACAAAGCAGUGAGUUGCUGCAAAAAUAUUCCCAGCCUAAUACAUUAAAGAAUGUGUUAAUACAGCAUUUAAUGUAUAAAACAGCAUUUAAUCAGUGUACAAGUGAACAAAGCAUUUGGGGCUUUGCAGGAAGUUAAAAUAAAACAGGAAAAGCCAAGACAGAGCAGGCACAGAGACUUCCACUCCUGCUGGAGAGAGGAAAAUGUCAUCCCAUCAUUAAGGAACCCUCAUGAAUCCUGAAAGUUAUGAGCACAACUAUUUUUAUAUAUAGAAGUUUUAAAAGGUAAAUAAAUAAACCAGGUCAGGUUUGUCUAUGUAAAAUUGUUGACAUCAAUGAUGUCUUUCCAUAUUCUUUAUCUGGGCUAAAGAAAUACAUUCUGUAUUUUUCCAGAUUUCUUUGUAGCCUUUGAAAGAUUUUUACAGUACUUAUGUCUUGAUUGAACUGUCCUUUCUUAAAACAAAAGCUUGUAUAAUUUUCUUACCUUGUACAGUUGGUAAACUUUUAUGAGAGAGUUGAUACCCUGAGUCUAAUGUCAGCUUCCUUUUAUUUUGCUGAAGUCUUUUCUAAAAAAAAAAACUAACAAAAAAAAUACCCAAACCAAACCAAACCAAACCAAUGGAGUUAAAAAUUAAUCACCAACGUGUUAAUUUUCUUCCCAGAAACUGGUAAAUAAUUAACAUAAGAAUGGUUAGGAGGCAUUUGAUUUUGGAAGCGUGUUUUAUUUUCUUGUUUUAUGGCAAAUAACGAUGUCUCAGUUUUGGUUAAGCAUGCUGCUUGCAUUGCACACAUUUCCUUGCUUUCUUUCUCCCUUUGUUUGGAACUCAGAAAUCUCGCAGCAGCCAAAUUCUGGAGUUGUUGAACCUUGUGCAGGUCCAGCUGCUGCACCGUGCCCUGGUUUGUGCCCUGGUUUGUGCCCUGGUUUGUGCCCUGGGAUCCAGGGAGCACAGAGGGGCUGAGGGGGGCUGGAAAUGCAGCUGGGGCUGGCUGGAAUUGCUGACAGCACACCAGGCUGCACUGGGAGCCCUUGUCCAGCCUAGGAAAUGCUGGAAUUCUGUGCUGGAACGCUCACCUGGAGAGGGGAGAGCAGCAAUUCACACUGAGCUUGGUGUGAGAACCAAAAAUUCCUCAUCAAUCAAUGGCAGUGGGGUGAUGGCACCCACCAGCAGCACCACUGAAGGUGUGGGUGUAGGAUUUACAUCCAGCAAUCAGGAACGUUUGAAAUCCCAAUUCCCUUUGGUUUUGUUUGGUUGUUUUCUUCAGCCCAGCUCCACUUCUGCUCUGUUCAAAUCCGGGCUAAUUGUUCAAUUAAUUGUACCAUUGCUGACCCCGUGUCCUCCUCCUCCUCCUCACAGGUGUGCUGUUCAUCCUUCACUGGUUAUUUUCUCUGCAGGGUUAUGCUCUUUAUGGUUGAACUGCAUGGUGUGAAAUGGGUGUUUCGAGCCAAACGCCAGUGCUGAGGGCUGGGGCUGAUUCGGUUUCUUCUCCACUGACCUUCCCUUGGACUUUGUGAUCAGGAGCGAGCCAAGCCCCGGGAUGAGGAUGCAGAACCCUGGGGAAGGAUCAGCUCUGCCUGCCAGCCCUGCUCCUGGAGGGCCUCUGGGUGAGGCUCAUUAAUGGAGGCCUGUGUUAAUUAAGGAACGCAGUGAUUAAUGCCUGAGGCAGAGGGUGCUGUUAACUCUCCCCUCUGGUCGUGAGCAGCACCUCAAGGACGGUUCCACACAAGCAGAAUCCUAUUUGCAGUUUCAUUUUGAUGCUCUUUGUUCUCGGUUGCAAGUUGGAAACACUUCCCAAAACUCCAUAGGAAAGUUUCCAAGUGAAUUGUCUCAGGCUCGUGUGUGAAAUCCAGCACUGUGUAUAUUUUCAGGAAUGUUGCUUUGUUUUUUUUAUCUUUCCUUAUUUUUAUUUUUUUUUUGGUGAUACUUAGAAGAGACCUGACAUUCCAUAAUCCACUAUGUAAUGCUCAGCUAGACUUUAAGAAUAUUUAAUUCUAAUUUACCUUUUGUUUAUGCUGGUGUUUUAUACAAUAUUUGUUCAUGUUUCAAACUGCAGCCACUGUAACUCGAUAAGUCAUUGCACUACUAAAGCUAUUGAAAAUCCUGGAAAUCUGCUAACUUUGCUUUCAUUUUCCAAACCUUCUGUACAGUUGGGAAUCCAGUCCAACAGGAAAUCCUUGGGCUUCCCAGAGGGUUCAAUGUGCUAUAAAUUCCCCACACACACACAAACCCCACAGAUUGUUGGAUACAUUUUUUCCACACAGUAUUUGCACUGUCGGUAAUUCCCUCCUCUUCCUCCCCUUCCCCCUCUGCAAUUCUGGAAAAGCUUAUUAAAAUAUUUUUAAACUUAC